AUGAAGAAUCAUUUGCGUGAUUUCUUGGUCCAAAUCAAGGAGAGAGUUGGUGAAGAUACAUCUGAUCUAUUCAUUGAAGAGCGUGAACAAGAGAUUCAGAACGUCCAGAAUGCGAAGAAAGAGGUUCCUGGUAUGCUGAAUCCGCACGAAAUUGCUGAUGAUGAUUCUAUGAAAUAA